AUGGUGGAUGUUGGAACUGAUAUGCCACCUAUGCCUUUGAGUGUGGCAAUGGGUGGUGGAAAGGCCAUCAAUGCUAGCAAGGGAUCUACGACACACGCAACAGAAACCAAGAAAGAUCCGAAAUUUUUAUAUACACAAGAUGUAAGACAGACGCUGAAUUUCAAGGAUAAGGCAGCGGAAACGGGUAGCCAGAAUCCCAACAGUAGAGUGCCAACGAAAUGGGAUGUCAAAGGAACCAUUGUAGUAUGUAGAUACAAAUAUUAUUAA